CUGCUUGUGUCGUUAUAUACACAGAAGCAUUAUUCUUAUUGUGACGCGUUAGUUCACGUGUUCAUUGCAAGAAUGAAACUCUAGAAAAUACAACUUUUAUUUCAGGGGUGUAUAGUGGGCGGAAUAGCCAAAUAGCGUGAAUUACCUGUAUACUGUUAAUCGUAAUAAAUAACAAAGCUUGUAGGAUGACUUUAGACCCGAAGGAAAGCACGGGCAAUUCGUUGUCAGCUGGUUUAUGCAUUGCUGUGCUGUCCAGCUUUGUGAAUGGAUCAACGUUUGUCUUACAGAAAAAGGGGAUAUUACAAGCACAAAAGCGAGGAGUUUCAUACCUAACUGAAUGUGUGUGGUGGAGUGGAACACUAGCAAUGGUUCUGGGCCAGGUAGGGAAUUUCCUGGCGUACAACAUGGCUCCCGCUGCUUUAGUUACACCCCUUGGAGCACUCGGGGUCCCGUUUGGGUCUCUCCUGGCUUCCUACAUGCUGCAGGAGAAUCUCAAUGUUCUUGGGAAGCUGGGCUGUGUGUUAAGCUGUGCAGGUGCUGCUGUUCUGAUUAUCCACGCUCCCAAGUCUGAGAAUGUGAGCUCAAGGAUGGAGCUGGAAGAGAAGCUCGGAGAUCCAGUGUUCCUCGGCUACCUCUGUGUCAUCCUGCUGCUGCUGCUGCUGCUCAUCUUGUGGGUCGCCCCUGUGCACGGCCCCACUAACAUCAUGGUGUACAGCACUAUCUGUUCCUUGCUGGGCAGCUUCACCGUGCCGAGUAGCAAAGGCCUGGGGCUGGCUGCUCAGGACGUGUUCACUGGGGACCCCUCCAAUCAGAGAGCCCUGUGUCUCUUGGGGCUGCUAUUGGUCACCCUGGCAUCCAGUGUCCUCAUCCAGUUCACCUACAUUAACAAAGCACUGGAGCACUUCGACAGCUCUGUGUUCGGGGCUGUUUACUACGUGACGUUCACCACUCUCGUCACAUUGGCCACCGCCAUUCUCUUCAGGGAAUGGAGUGACGUGGGUGCUGUGGACUGCCUUGGCAUGCUGUGUGGCUUCGUCACAGUGUCUGUGGGAAUCGUUCUUCUGCAAGUAUUCAAGGAAUUCACUUGGAGUUGGAAUGAUGUAAAUAAAGCUCCUCGUAAGAAAGACUGAACACUUGCAGUACAUGCUUCUCCAGUGGUGCAGACGCUUUCACCAUGUGUCCGUUGUUUUUAAUCAUUGCACAUUGUUUGCACACCUAAUAUGUACAUUCCAGAGUCACAGUAGAGGAACCAAAUACUGUAUCUUGCACAGCACUGACUAAACAGACUUAACUAUGCUAUAACUAUAUUUUUAUGUUUUUAUGUUGUUUUUUUGGUGUUUUGUUAAUAGCUAUGUUUAAAACAUAUGAUUUCUCUGGUGUUUUGUGGUCAGAUUUAUAAUACAUUUAAAAUGACAGCUAUUUGUUAGGUUUGGAAAAAAAAGCAUUCACGCAGGUUAAAAUGUCUUGAGAAAAGCUCAUGGUACUGUAUGUAAUAUAUUUAAAGUAAAGGGAUUAAAAUGGU